AUGCGCGCCCUGCUGAUUUUCUAUCUUGUUCAGCAUUGGAUGUUUUCCGACAGCGAAGCCGGAAUCAUUUACGGUGCUUAUACUGCACUGGUUUACAUCACUCCGGUCAUUGGUGGCUAUCUCGCAGACAGAUAUCUUGGCCAACGCAAGGCAGUGGCAUUUGGUGCGUUGCUGCUGACGUUUGGUCAUUUCCUUAUGGCUUUCGAAGGUGAAGGCGCCGGCCAGGCAGAUCCGGCGAUCAAUAUUUUCUGGGCUGCUCUGGCCUUUAUUGUUGUUGGUGCAGGAUUUCUGAAAGCCAACAUUUCCGUUAUGGUGGGACAACUGUACUCCCGUACCGACAUCCGCCGUGAUCCGGCUUAUACCAUCUUUUAUAUGGGCAUUAAUCUAGGUGCAGCGCUGGGCGCAAUCAUCGCUGGCUGGCUGGGUCAGACCUAUGGCUGGUCUUAUGGCUUUGGUGCGGCUGGUGUUGGUAUGUUACUGGGUCUGCUUGUAUUCAUCUGGGGCAAACCCUUUUUGGUCGGCCGCGGUGAACCAUCAGAUCCGGCACGUCUGGAAAGGAAACUCGCUGGAAUCAGGUUCGAAUGGUUACUCUACGUACUGAGCUUUACAGCCGUUGGCCUGGUCUGGGUUCUGCUCCAGUAUCAGGCGCUGGUAGGUUCGCUGCUCGGUAUAUCCGGCGCCCUGCUCGUCGCUUAUGUGUUGUACACCGCGGUUGCACAACUGGCACCCGAUGACAGAGACCGCAUAUUUGCAGCGAUGUUUCUGAUCUUUGGAUCCAUUCUAUUCUGGGCCUUGUUUGAACAGGCGGGGUCGUCGCUUAAUCUUUUUACAGAUCGUAGUGUCGAUCGAAGUAUUUUCGGUAUUGAAAUCCCUGCGUCGGUUUUCCAGUCCAUCAACGCAAUCUAUAUUGUUUUGCUGGCACCUAUAUUUGCGGUGCUCUGGACGUUUCUGGGUCGGCGUGGUCUCGAGCCAUCAGCACCCGCCAAGUUCGGGUUGGGCUUGAUGCAGCUGGGCGCCGGCUUCCUGGUGCUGGUUGCGGGGGCACUGUCCGCUGGUGCAGAUCAUCUGACACCCGUUGUCUUCAUCUUUCUGAUUUACCUGUUGCACACAACCGGCGAGCUUUGCCUGUCUCCGGUUGGCCUGAGUGCGAUGAACCGAUUGGCGCCAUCUCAACUGGCCAGCCUGAUCAUGGGCACCUGGUUCUUCGCCUCCGCAACGGGCAACUUCGCGGCGGGGUUAAUUGCCGCGGCCGUAGGCGCAGAAGGUGCGGGGCCUGAUCACGUGCUGGACGUCUACUCAUCCGUUGGCUGGAUUUCCGUUCUGGUCGGUGUAGGUGUGAUUGCGGUGUCUCCGCUCAUCAAAAAACUGAUGCAUCUCGACCGACUUGCGGACGACGAUAUUGAUCACAGCCUUGCGGGACAAAAAGAGGUUGGUGAGCCGCAGGCGGCGGGCGACGCAGACACGGUCCGAAUCAACUGGCGCUUACCUGUUGCGUUCCAGACCACCAUGCCGGUGCUGGGUGACAACCCCCUUUAUCUCGCGGACAUGCUGAAGCGUUCAUCCAACGGGGCCGUGAAUUUUCAGAUUUUUGAACCUGGCGAAAUUGUGCCCGCAUUCUCCAUCACAGAUGCCGUGCGCGAUCGCAAGGUGGAAGCCGGUUACACCUGGAUGGGUUACGACCAGGGGAAAAUACCCGCAUCACCGCUGUUUGGCGCGGUGCCAUUUGGCAUGGAACCCUGGGAAUACAGCGCCUGGUGGUUUGAAGCAGGUGGACGUGAACUGGCAGAAAAUCUGUAUGCUGAUCACAACAUUCAUCCUAUUUAUUGCGGCAUGACAGGACCGGAAACAGCCGGUUGGUUCCGCAACAAGAUCACCAGCUUGAGUGAUGUUGAAGGACUGAAAAUUCGGUUUGCCGGGCUUGGCGGCAAAGUAUUAGAACGACUCGGUGCCAGCGUCACCAUGCUGCCAGGCGGCGAAAUCUUCCAGGCGCUGGAAAAAGGAGCCAUCGACGCCUCUGAAUUUGCGCUGCCCAUUGUGGAUCAGAGCCUUGGCUUUAAUCGCGUCGCAAAAUUCAACUAUUACCCCGGCUGGCAUCAACCGUUCACCGCAUCACAUUUGAUUAUCAAUCUCGACGCCUGGCGUGAGAUCUCAGCACAGGAUCAGGCAUUAAUCGAACUGGGCUGCACCGCAGGGGUAAUACGCAACCUUUCGAAUUCCGAAGCCAAACAAGGUGCGAUUAUUGCCGGCUUCCCGGACAUUGGUGUGAGUGCAGAGGUUUUGCCUGAGGAGUUGCUGCGCGAACUGCAGAUCGUCGCCGGUGAGAUCAUUGCCGAAGAGGCUGCUGCAGAUUCGGACUUUGCUGAAAUACUUGCCAGCCAGAUGGCUUUCCGUAAGAUUUCCCGCGCGAUAGAUCCACUUAUUUCCGGCCUGGGUCGCUGGGUGUCUCUGAUCUGGGUCUUGCUGCUUGGCGUUAUCGUACUGAAUGUGCUGAUGCGCUAUGUCUUCAGUGAAGGUCGUAUUGAACUGGAAGAACUCCAGUGGCACCUGUACAGCAUAGGGUUUCUGUUGGGCCUGAGCUACGCCUAUCAGGCAGACAGCCACAUACGUGUCGAUGUGAUACAUGAACAACUCGGUCCACAGGUCCAGGCCUGGAUUGAGUUGUACGGCAUCAUCCUGUUCCUUCUACCCUUGAUCGCGUUGAUCCUGAUUUUCAGCGUGCCUUUUGUCACCUCCUCAUACGCGUUUAAUGAGAGGAUCAGCCUGAUGGCCGCUAACGAAGUGCUUGCCAUCGCCAUGUUCCUGAGCUUCAUAGCUCUGGUGUUCACCGGCUUCCCUGUUGCCUGGAUACUCGGCGGGCUGGCGGUCCUGUUCAGCGCCCUGGCAGUAGUCCUGCAGGCAGAUUUCAACCUGGCGAUCGGCAUGGACUGGGCUUACACCUCACUGACCGUUGAGCGUAUCUGGGCAGUGAUGGAAAACUGGGUGAUGGUGGCGCUGCCUAUGUUUAUUUUUAUGGGCCUGCUGCUGGACCGUUCCGGCAUUGCCAAUCAGUUGAUGACCAGUUUUGCUCGACUGUUUGGCAGCAUUCGCGGCGGGCUGGCGAUUACCGUCACACUGAUCGGCUUACUGCUCGCCGCCACUACCGGCAUUAUUGGUGCGUCCGUUGUGCUUCUUGCGCUGCUGGGAUUGCCCGCCAUGUUAGGCGCAGGCUAUGACAAAUCUCUGGCAUCCGGCACCGUUUGUGCCGUUGGCACCCUUGGUAUUCUGAUUCCGCCCAGCAUCAUGCUGGUGCUGAUGGCGGACCGUAUGUCGAUGAGUGUUGGCGAUCUGUUUCUGGGCGCUGUUUUCCCGGGUUUGUUGCUGGCGGGGUUGUAUAUCGCUUAUCUGCUGCUCGUUGGCUGGCUGCGACCAAACAUGGCGCCCGCAGCAGAGGUACAACCCUUCGACCUUGAGGCCGUUUGGGAUCUGAUUAAAGCCAUUAUCCCACCGGCGUUUCUUAUUCUUGCGGUCCUGGGCAGCAUUUUCUUUGGCCUGGCAACACCCACAGAAGCCGCGGGCGUUGGGGCUGCUGGCGCAUUGCUUCUGGCCUUUCUGAACAGACAAUUGAACCGCUCUGUAAUGGCGGAUGUUCUGCAGGAAACUACCCGUACAACCGCCUUCAUAUUUGCCGUUUUACUAGGCGCCACGGCCUUUUCCCUGGUGUUGCGCGGGCUUGGCGGCGACGAGCUGAUUGAGGGUGUACUACUGUCCCUGCCCUUUGAGCCCACCGGCAUCAUCAUCUGCAUCCUCCUGGCGACCUUUAUCCUUGGAUUCUUCCUCGACUGGAUCGAGUUGACCCUGAUUGUCUUACCUUUGGUAUCACCCGUGGUACUCAGCCUGGGUUUCGAUCCCAUCUGGUUCACCGUGCUGUUUGCUGUCUGCCUGCAAACAAGUUUCCUCACACCCCCGGUCGGAUUUGCGAUUUUUUAUCUGAAAGGUGUCGCGCCGGAAGGCAUAGACGUUGUCACCAUCUAUAAAGGCGUUGUGCCCUUUAUUGCCCUGCAGGUGCUUGGCAUGCUGAUCAUAUUCAACUGGGAUGCUCUGGUUACCUGGCUACCGGGUCAGGCCUACGGGUAG